CGGUCAACCAUUUUGUUCCUUAAUGUGUUGAGUUGUUUUGCUGCAAACUUGCUUCUUACACUGUGCCAGUUAUUAUUGUUAUGACUUAUACAGCGCUUGAAUUCUGACCGAAAUAAUCAAGUCAACUCAUAUAGUCAUAGUCACAACUGCAUACAACACGUUUCUUGCAUGUGGCUGAUCAAAAGAUAGCGACUAAACGUCUCCGCGACGCCACACUGGUUGAUCGUGCCGUGAGGCGAACGUUAUCGUUACGAACUAAGCUGUCUUAGCUUAUUAAUCUACUACUCAACUACGGUACAUAGGCUGCCCCCGGAAAACCGUCACCAUGGGAGGAGGUGACUUGAACAUGAAAAAGAGCUGGCACCCGCAGACUAUGCGAAACAUAGAGCGGGUGUGGAAGAAGGAAGAGACCCAUGCAGCGGAAAAAAAGAAGAUAGAAGAAUUGCAGAAGGAGCUGGAAGAAGAACGAGCUCGAGAGGACAUGCAAAGAUUUGCAGUGGAUCAUGGCACAGUAGAAAAGAAGAGUGACAAGUUAGAUUGGAUGUACCAAGGUGCGGGCAAUCAAGUGAACAGGGAAGAUUAUCUUCUUGGUAAAUCUGUUGACAAAAGUAUCAUGGAUGCAAAUAACGAACAUGUUGUUGCGGAAGAAGAUGAUCAAAGUGUUGGAGCAAUCUUUGAUAAUUCCAGUGUGAAUCUGACUAUUGAUAUGGCGAAUAAAGUCAGAGAGGAUCCGUUAUUUGCUAUCAAGAAACGAGAGGAGCAGAGCAAAAAAGAUUUGCUGAAUAACCCAGUUAAAAUGAAACAGCUGCAGGAAAUGCUUCGACAUAAUCUUGGGAAGAAAGACAAGAAAAAAAAGAAGAAGAAAGAGAAAAAGCACAAAAGAUCUCAUCGUGAAAGCAGCAGUGAUGAGGAGGAAGAGGACAGAAAACAUAAACAUCGGAAAAGGAAAAGUAGCUCCUCAGAAGAUAAAGGAUCUCCAGAGAAGCGCAGAAAACCUGAUGGCUAUGGACUUUUGAGACGGGCGUCACCUGAUGAAAGUUUGUCUCAUAAGCUUGGCUCUAGAAGAAGUGAUCAAUCAAGGGAGAGACAAGACAACAGGAAACAUAACCACCACAGUGAGCAGCGUAUAGACAAACAUGAUGACAGACAUACAGACAGGCACAACGACAGACAUACAGACAAGCACAACGACAGACAUACAGACAAGCACAACGACAGACAUACAGACAGGCACGACAGAUAUGUUGAUAGACAGAGAGAUGUUCGAAGUGAAUGGCAUAAAGACAGUCGGCGGCAUAGGAGUCGGGACCACCAUGAUUUCAGAAGAAGCAAUGGUCAGCAAUGGUCAAGUGAAUCACCGGAGAGACGGAAAAAAGGUAGAGAAAGUACAUCGCCACAGCGUUCACGAAACCGUACUAGAUCUCCUGUUGAAAGAAAACAAACUCGCAGUCAUUCAAGAAAGUCACGAAGCAGAUCACCUGCUCAUCAAAAAAGACCAGUGCACAGCAAAAAACCCGAUGCGGAGGAGAUGGAAAGGAGAAGAAAAGAGAUGAUAGACAAUGCAUCAUGGCGGACAGAACAGAGAAAGCAGAGAGUACAUCAAUACAAGGUGGAGGAACAACAAGAAAAUGAAAUGGAGAAAAAUAAGUCUAAAGACGCUGAGUUUUUAGAACCUUUGAAGCUACCCGGUGAUCUGUCAGUGGAACACAGAAUAAAGAGCAAAAUCCAUUCACUUCAAAGGACCAAAGCAGCCCUUGAGAAAAACUUUGCAAGAAGAUAAUGAAGGAAAAAAUGAACUUUCUAACCCACGUCAUAUUUGUUUCUAUUCUUAUAUGAUUGCAUUAGCCAGUGCAUAAUGUCUAUAAUGUCUUCUAUUGCUAUGUUACCAUGUGUGCGAAAUGUUAAAGGAAGGGUCAAAGAUGAUACACUUCUGGUCAGCAGUUUCAGUCCAAUAAUUUACCAAGUUUGUUACAAGCAUUUUCAUACUGUAUUGUGGACAUCCUUGUUUCUUUUAAAAGUUUACCUAAUUUUAUAAAAUAUGGAAAACAUGUUUUUUUUCACUCACUCAUGCACACACAAUAUAUAAUUUUUAACAGUAUGGUCAUUUGUAAGAUUUGUUGAAGACUGUUGAUGCCAAACAGUUGAACACUGCAUAAUAUCGCUACAUUAAUUCCCAACUUAGUUGAUUACAACAGAAAUCAAUUUAGCUUGACAGUUCAACAUGCAACAUUUUGUUUUGUUCGACGAUUUACUGGAAAAAUAUCCGAAGCCUAUCAAAGGUAUAGCUGGUACUAUAUUGUAUGAAUAAGGAUCUGUCUAACAGGUGUCAAACACAGGUCUAACACAGGCGACGACUAGUGUGACUUUUAAUAUUUAGAGUAAUCUUAGUUAUGGUGGCCGCAAAAAAGAAAGUAACAACACAAUUGCAGUAAGAGACACUGUUUUGCUAAUGAAUAUAGCUAUAUUGCUCACAGUGUAGCCAUUGCUUCUUGUGGCAACACUUUGUGUGAUGUCGCUAUUUACUCAUUAUACAAUAUUUACUGUUCUUUCUUUUGGUCACAGUAAUUAUCAGCUACAUUGUCUCUGACUUUUCUUGAGGCAGUGUCUGUUAUGUCUAGAGACUACUUCAUUUGGGGUCAUUCAUGUAUAAUUAAAAAUACAAACUGUGGCACUACCCAAUUGUUGAACUGUACUGAUUUUCGCUCUGAAUUUCCUUUUGUCCAACUUGAUUGUGCCGUUGUUAUAAUGAAAAUACAUUUUGUAAAUUUUAGGAAAUGUUCGCAAACUAACAAAGGGUAACAUGGAUGUCACUUUCAAGGUAUAAUUGAUUGUAUUGUAUAAUAAUUUUCAAGCUCCAGUCUAUGGGUUAAUACCGUUAUUAAUCUUAAAAAGAAAAAACAAAUACUGUGGUCAUGAAAUGUCAUCAUAGUAAAAAUUUUACACCACAAUAUUUGGUACAGUAAAUGCGAUGACAGGAAAAAAUGAAACACUAUUUAAAGAACAAUAAAAAUAUCUUGCGACUCUCAUUUUUAGCGAGACCUUAGCAGUAAUUUGGGUCUAAUGUCCAUUUGACUCGCAAGGGCUGUGUAUUCAGAUUCAAAUAUUUAUUUAUGUUAUUUUUUACAGCCAUUGUACAUGUGUGAAGUAUUUUUAACCCAGUUCUAAACUUGAAUACAGAACCAUUUUUAUACAUCAACAAAAUAA